AUGCGGAGGACACUACCGCUAUGCGGCACGCUUUUGCUGCUGAUAUGCGGCACUUUCAUCCUCUUUGCGACGCGAGGGACUGCUGAUCUACCUGAUGCUCUUCUGCCUAAUCACGACGCCUUUCUUCCCCCGAAGCACCACGACGAGAAGCAUCCUCAUCCACAAUUUCCCGCUUCGGAUGCUGGCUGGCUGUUCAAGCACAAGCGAGAUGGUCGAAACUAUGGCCUUUCCGAAGAGCAGUGCAAAGUGGCCUUCCCAGGACUAUUCCGAGAAAUCGACAGAGCGGUGAAGCACCGCAGAGACGUGGCGGGAAAUGUCCAACCGGAUGCUUUGGACGUGGGUUGGAGAGGCGACGGGAUGGUACGAGCGAUGAUAUAUGAGAAUCAGCUGUAUAUCAUCGACGCGCAUGGUGUGACGGAUCACAAUCACAGGCCCAGAACAGUCGCAACGUUGAACGCCAUCCAAAGAGCCGUGACGGCUUACUCGGGGGUCUUGCCAAACAUUGAAUUCACAUUUAGUGUGCACGACUCUGCUCUGGGUGAUGAUGAUGAUGAUGGGAACCAGACAACAUGGGCAUAUACARGGCAAGCACAUCAGGAGAAUCUAUGGCUGAUGCCUGAUUUUGGAAUGUACGCCUGGCCGGAUGUAGGCUUGCGAUCUUAUGCGGAGCUGCAAGCAAUUCUGGACCACGAAGAAGACGACUUUGAGGAUAAAGUCCCGAAGCUCGUGUGGCGCGGCUCUCUAGCUGUAGGAUCGCACGAUGUUCGAGCUGGAUUGGUGGAGCACACGCAAGGGAAAGAGUGGGCGGAUGUGCAAGAAUUGGACUGGUCGAAUAAGACCAACAUCCAGGAGAGAUUACUUACCAUGCCGGAACAUUGCUCGUACAUGUUUCUGGCGCAAACGGAAGGCAACACUUACAGUGGUCGAUUGAAAUAUCUCCUCAAUUGCCACUCGGUCCUCUUCUCCCACGAAAUGGAUUGGAUUGAACCCUAUCACCACUUACUGCAAUCCACCGGACCAGAGCAGAAUUACAUCAAAACGAAACGCGACUACUCCGAUCUACCCAGAAAAAUGGCCACCUUGCUCGAUCCGGAGCACUCGGAGCAAGGCAAGCGCAUCGCCGACAAUGCGCGAAGUAUGUUUCGGGAAAGGUACCUCACUCCAGCCGCAGAGGCAUGCUACUGGCGAGCUCUCAUUCGCGGCUGGGCGAGCGUACAAGAUUUCACCCCGGAGCUCUGGAUUGAAGAGGAGGUCUUUGACAAGGCCACACAGAAGAAGAAGAAGCUGAAAAGUCGGCCUAAAGGUGUGCCGUUUGAGGCUUAUGCGAUCAUGGAGCAGGUGGAGUGGGAGAUUCCCGCCAAGCCGAGGAAGAUGUGCAUAGAGGAGUGA